UGGUUUCUCUUUAAUACGGAUGUAAAUUAUCUAAAGGGACAUAAAUCCUAAAUGAAAAUAACAGCGGAGCAUCGAGAUCCUCGUGCUGUUGAGGCUGAGCUGAUUAGAAGCAGGCGAUAGUUAACGCAGCAAUUUUUCUGCGUAAUUCGUAGCAAGAAUUCAGAUUUGUCACUGACGGCAUAUACGGUGAGAUACGCAUUAUGCGUAGGAAUAGAUCGCACAACAUUUCCUGUAUCCUAUUUCGGCGUAUGAUCACAGUUUUUUCCACUAACAGCAUAGAGGCUAUGGCUAAUGGUAGCCGCUGUGAUUCGGGCGAGGAGCACGAGUGACCAAACCCGGAGGAUUUCAGAGAUGGAAUAGAAUGCUGCUGUCUAAAAAUGUAUGCUAAUAAGCGGAUGACAACCUCCAAACAAAUCUACAGCAAACUUUCAGCGCUGAUAUGACGCUGGGGUUUAAAUAAGAUUUUUUUUGAACUGUCCGAGAACUGACACAAAAUGCAGGUGCAAACUGAUCAGCUGGUUUGUUGAAAUGACUAGGUCGGCGCUGACGCUGUCUGAUGGAUCAAACUGCAUUUCCAAAUGCUAUUUUACUUUGCUUCGAUUUGACGUUUGGACCUCCAACAUUGGGUCAGUUGUCUAGUUCGAAGUUCGGAUGAAAGUAAACAACUGGUGCAAUGUUAAGCUACACGGUCCAAAGCGUAAUGUACUAUUUGUGCUAAAGCGUAUGGGUCCUGCGUACUCAAGCUCUCGACUCCCACACAAAAAGGAUUGUCUCUGUGCUGCGGGGGGUGCAGUGCAGUAGAGCUCCACAUCUGGCUACUGACCGGCUAUAACUAGCUAGUUAACUGUCUCUCUGUUGGAUAACUAUUGAGGUGAAUGUGUUCCAGUAUUAUACGACAGAACUGUUUUUUUAAAUCACCUCGGUGAUUAUCGUGUUACGAAAAGCAGGCCUGUAUUUUGGACAAUAUCUGAGAUCAAUCGAACCAUUUGAAGUAGUCCACAGCUGUCUUCUUAAGGAAAAAACGUACAGAUUUUGCGUAAGACACGUAAUUUUUAAAGGCAAAGAUAGGGUGACAUUGCAGUCUCUUCAUAUUGGAUAUAACGUCGCCCGACAAAAAAAAAGUUAGUAAGUGGGGCAUUGUCCGUCAUACGUAUUAACGCAGUGGGAUUUUUACGUCUGGUCGGCGUUCCCCCCACCCUUCCCGCCGUGACGGUGAUGGGUCGGAAGCGGUGUGUCGGUGCAGAUUGUUCCAAGAUGGCGGCCGGGUGCUGCGGGGUGAAGAAGCAGAAGCUGUCGGGAUCCCCCGGGUCGGGGGGUCCUGGUGGGGUGGGGGCGGGAAACGGGGUGGCAGGGACCGGACAUUGUGGAUCGGACUUGGGGAUUGGUUCCUCCUCGACUGUGGCAGCAGGGAACAUGAACCGAGUGAACGGCCUGGGGGGUCCUGGGGGUAGUAGUAGUAGCACCAACGCUCUGUCCCCAGCCCCGGGAGGCUACAACUCAACUGGCCUCUCCCCAAAUCUUAGCCCGGGAUCUGGUUCUGGAAGUGGAGGCAGAAAGAUGGUUGUUUCGGCGGAGAUGUGCUGCUUCUGUUUCGACGUGCUUUAUUGCCAUCUGUAUGGAUACCAACCUCCCCGAACACCCAGGUUUACAAACGAUCCCUACCCGCUGUUUGUCACAUGGAAGAUUGGCAGGGACAAGCGGUUGAGGGGAUGUAUAGGUACCUUUUCUGCCAUGAACCUGCACUCAGGACUCAGGGAGUACACCCUAACCAGUGCCCUUAAAGACAGCCGCUUCCCCCCGAUGACGAGGGAUGAGCUGCCACGUCUCUUCUGCUCAGUGUCUCUGCUCACCAACUUCGAGGACGUCGGUGAUUACCUUGACUGGGAGGUGGGCGUUCAUGGCAUUAGGAUAGAGUUUUUCAAUGAAAAAGGAUCAAAGCGCACGGCCACCUACCUACCAGAGGUUGCAAAAGAGCAAGGAUGGGACCACAUUCAGACCAUAGAUUCCUUACUACGAAAGGGAGGCUACAAAGCUCCCAUCACAAAUGACUUCAGGAAGACCAUUAAGUUGACCAGGUACCGUAGUGAGAAGAUGACAAUGAGCUAUGCGGAGUACAUCGGGCACCGCCAGCACCAUCACUACCAGAACGGCACCGGGCACCCUCUACCCCCCUACAACCAUUAUUCCUGACAGCGAGCCGCAUGACCAAUCACUGGACCUCUCCGCUGACAUUUUCCCCGGAGAGCCCGCCCCAUCCUGGUCUAGCUAUCUCUACUACUGUACCAUUUUAUGAUGAUAGUUUCCGUUGCCAUGCUGACGCUCUCCCAGACGUUGACUUGGCAACGGGUGGCAAAAUAAGCAUAAAUUGAUAAUGACAAGUAAAUAAUCAAACCAAUCUUUUAUUUUUAUCCUCCUAUUGAUUUCAUUUUUGCAGCAUUAUAUAUAUAUAAUCCCUUUCGUUCAUAUUUUUGACAAGGAAAACCAAUACUAAAUAUUCUUAAACUUUUAUUGUUUUCAAACAAUCCUAAUCAGGUUUUUAAUUCUGUGGAUGGAAGCAAGUCAUAUAUAUGGUGGAUUAUUGUGGCAUAGUGGUAUAUGCUCAUGUUUUAUGUAGGCUUUGCGACAGCGUUCCAUUUAUUAGGAUGUUUCUUUUCUUUUUCUAGUGUAAUCCUUUCAUAGUAGCCAGAUUGACAUUAUAUGUAUCAUGUAGCGAGCCAAUGGCAGUUCCAGAAGGUUCUAUCUUUUCCAAAAUGUUGCGAUUCCACUCAAAGAAUUGACUGUUACAGUUGAUUUGGUCCUUGUUAACCGUUGUAGUGAUGUAGUUGUUUGGUCUAGAUUGUAGAUUAUAGGGUUGUGAAGCCACGGGGCCAGUAUUUACUGAUCUUUAACGCUUUGCACGACAAUUGUUUGUGUGGUUCAAAGUUUGUUGUUAAGUGCACAUCUGACAGGAGAUUGAAGCCGCUGAAUUAAAUUAGAAAAAGGAUCAUGCCAAAAUAUUUCCCAAGAUGCUUGACAGAGCAGAUCCGUUCCACCGCUGUGUGUUCACUGUUUUGUGAUGAAACCUGCAAAACUUGAAUUUAAUUUGUUUGGCUUUGGAUACGUUAUAUGCCCUCCCUUUAUUUUAUUUUUCAAACUUGAGAAAUGAAUGGGGGAAGACAUUUUGGCGUGAUCAUGACGGCAUCAAGGGAAGCUAACCGUCCCUAGUCUCAGCGGAGCAGGCUGGGCGUGAUUGUGACCCACGGGGCUGGAGGGUGUGGUUGGUUACACAAUGCACCACGUCACUGCCCUUUAAAUAUGAUCCUGUUAUUCCAUGCCAGUUGGUUUGAGAGAGAACCAAUGAAGGAGACUUGAGUCUAGUGACAGGGACAUGCUAAAACUACUGAAAGCCAUAUUCUCUUUAUAAUGCAUGCUUUGUAAGAGUGAUUGGUUGGCUUGAGGUGUUUGCUUUUCUCCCUUUCUCUAAUCUGUAACCUCUCUGUUUUUACUUCCUGUAACAGUUGACUUAUUCUGAUGGCUUUGGUCCCAACCUUUUGGUUUCAUAUUAAAGAUUGUGCUUUGUGGUUUGGUCCUAGUUGGGGACCUGGGUCUGUGUGACAUCUGGCCUUUCCCCAAAUAAUCUGUGAGUUAGCAUUGCCAGUGCUUGAACUCCCUUUGUGCUGUUUGUUUUCCACUGGUUUGAUUCCAUUUUAACUGGCCACAAUGACCCUUAGGUAUGCUUGAUGUAAACAAUGUUUACAUCCACAUGACGUUACGUUCUUGGUGGCGGUUGCCAUAGUUGUGCACUCGUGUUCUAGUCAAAUGUUGGGCGUUGCUGUGACUGCUACAGGAGACGAGACUAGCCAACAUUUAAACCCUGGGCACUGGUCUUUGUUGGUCGCGUUGUUCAGGGCAUCCAGCCGUUAUUUUCCGUUUCAACAUGACAUGCUGCUGUUUGUUGAGGUGCUCGCUGUUUUCAGGACCAGUUGCUCUCUUAUCUCUGUGCCACUAGAAACCUUUUGGUCUGUCCUGUCUGUUGUUUGGGCUGAUAGGUGAGUUGGUAGGAACCGAUGCAGGGCAAAGUGGGAAAGGGUGAACGUGCUGCAUUCAGUCCAAAUCCUGUAAGGAGAAGAGCUUUGAACAGAGCAUGGAAGCCAUUUCCAAGUGAACUUGAGGAUUAGCUUACAACCAUCGUGUUUUGUAAAGGAUUUGAUCUUGAGGACUUGAUUCGAUUUUUGUGUGGUGACGGACAUUUUUUAGAGGUGCUUGUACUUGAAGAGAAAACAGCCUUUUUGCAACAGCCUUUACCAACAACUAACAGUAGGACAUAUUGGUUUUCUUUUCUUUUUAUGCAAACCUUUAAGGGCUUAUUGGCACUCCAUCCACAGUAACCCCAAAUGACCCCGAUUUCAGUUGUGUUGCCUUAAUAACUCAAUUAAUAAAUGAGGACCGGUAAAAUGGUAGCCUGAGUGUUCUGUCCCACGCUGUACUGACUGCCCCUGCCCUCCACCUGCAGGCUAGGGAAGGACCUUAAGCAACUGUUUCACCCUCACCAUUGUAUUGGGCGGCUAAGGUGACUGUUAGUCAAGCCAUUCCAUUCCAUUCAGUCAUUUAGCAAGAUGUUCUUACCAAGAGCGACACUGUUAAAGACCACACCGUUCUGCCUAAAUAAGACCUAGUGUAGACAUGGGCCAGAGACACGCAACACCUAUUGUGUUGCCAUAGCAGGUGUUGUGGUUCCCUGCUUAGCAAUGUGAUUUAAUUUCCAUCAUGUUCUGCUCCUAGGGCCAGGGAACCGCUACUUCAGACUGUGCUUCUUAACAGCAUUGACAGGACACAGUACCCAUGUUGAGUGAGCUGUUGGCCUAGUAGUUAAUCACAAAAAACUGUUUUCGGAGAACUGCGGGAAGAGCUUUCUGCUCUGCUGAACAGUCAGGUUCAGCCAUUUUCUGGUCCAUUAAAUACAGCACAACCUGAAAAUGUUUCUGCUGCAAAACCAAGCCCAUCACCGUCUUUAACAUACUUGUGGAUAUAUGUACACACAUGCAGUCCAUGUUGCUGCAUGGGGGCGUGUGGAGCAUAAAGUAUGGUUUAACCCAUGACGUGCUUCGUCUACAAUGUCAAGACUAGUGUAAAUCAUUACAGAAAUAUAGAAAAUAAAUAAAAUGGUGCUAUUGGACCUCAUGUUGGGGCGGUCGCGGGUUUCGUGACUGGUCAUGCGGACUCAUCGAUCAUAUCAGACUAUUAACCUUGAUAUAUGCAGAUCUGUUCAACAGGUGUUUUUUUUCCUACCAGUGUAAGUCAACACCCUGCAGGUUUGAAAGGACAAGAAGCCCCCACUACCCAACCCCCCGCCCCUCAUAUCUCCUCCACCCCAAGUUCCUCCCUGUAUCAUGGCCUGGGGGUUAAAGGUGUAGACUUUCAGUAGAUUGUGGCAUCAGAAGGGGACAUUGUCUUUCCUGGGCUGGACCAGUCGAACGGGCCCUUACCCCACCUAGCGUCUGCCGCCCAGUCCUCAGCCCUUUUUGGGCCUGGCCCCCAACUAGAUGUUCCUUUUUAAAAGCACACACAACACUUCAUGUUUUACCUCUGUGUUAACAAUUUUUUAUGCUGUCUGGAACGCAUCCUCCUCCAUGGGCCUGACUAGCCGCUUAAAGCAAAGGUCACCUGACACUAGGCUUUCACUCAACUGUACCUCUCACAAACUCCCUUGAAGGAAGCCCUGAGUUUUAGCCUACUAAUUGAAUAUGGUCAUGCAUGUGUAGUAACCCUCUAUAACCAUGGUUUCUUUAAGCUAAAGACCAUGUUGUGACUUGGCUGGAAAUGAGGGCAGUUUGGUUGGUAGGUUUAGUGGGAGCCAGGCGAGAUGUCAUCAGGAUGCUGCUAGAAUUAUUGUAACACAUUUGACUGGGACUAUUUCUUGCCAUUCGUGAAUUCCUCUUCCAUAAGACAGUGAGUAUAUCAUGUUCCUUUCAUGUGGAAAUUACUGAACGUUCUGUCUUUUUGACCUCUAGAAUCUAGCUUCAUGAAUACCUAAUCUCAGUCAAAUGUGAUAUUCCCAGCUUCGAUCAAAAUGUAAUUCACUGCUAAUUUGCAGUUAAAACACCUCUGCCCAUGGACGAGUGACCUUUGCUCAUACUCACAGAACUUGUAUAAUGUGUGAAGACAGAAUGUCAUUUGGUUCCGUACCAGGGUUAGGGUUUAGUACCGGUAUUCCUUGUAUGUGCGUGAUGCACGUAUUUUAGUGGAAUGCUUUAAGCUCAUGUUACCUUUGUAUGUUCAACUGAACCAAAGAUGCCUCUGGCCAUGUCCAAAUGCUGCUCUUCAGGCAUGGCUUCUUGUCCUUCCAAAUUAUACCCUGCAUGAUAAAACUUUUUAAAAAAAUAUAUUGUAUUUUAAUUUUAUUUUUUACAAUUUCUAACUUGUUUUUGAUUUCUUUAGCAACCUCUUAUUCAAUGCAUUUUCACAAAUUCAGUCUGAAGCCUUAACAGGCAUCAAUGAUAGUGAAAUUAGCUGGUUGCAUAGUUUUUUGUCAUUUUUUCAUUGUUAUUAUAUCAUUUUUUUUCCAACAAAAAAAAAUAGAAAAUUAAACCCCAUAGCGUGCCUCCUAGAUUUAUGGGUUUCUAUGUGUUUUUUUUCCUAAAGACCAGCAGUUAUACUUUAUAUAAAAGAUGAGUUUCUCCUUAUUUUUUAUGCCAUUAAAGAUGAAAAAGCCUCUUUUCUUUACUCUGGACCCAGUAGCUGCACUGGUAUACAAUCGCACUGAUAGAUAUACAAAAAAAUACAUCAAUAAUAAUAAUAAAUGAAAUAUGAACUACAAUGUGUUUGGAACUUUUAUAAGAAAAAUUACUUUAAGAAAAGAAAAAAAAAAGGUGAAAUUACUGUUUUUGUACAUCAAAAUCACUUAUUUAAAAAAAAAAUUUUGGAUCUAGUUUCUAAAUUAUUUUAGUGGUUUUCUAUGUUCUGAAAUUUGAGACACCGAGUUGAGAUGCGUCGCUGUGCAGAGUGACCGUCUGCGAUGGUGGCAUGACGGGUGGUGGGGUUGCCUGGCGUAACCCCUCCCCCACCUUUUAUUUCUUCUACUUUACAUUUUUGGUUCUGUCUCUUUCUCUGCUUUAGUAUUUGAAAAUGUUGAUGGAAAAUUAUGAACUGGGAAAAAAAAUUACCUCCCCUUUAGAUCUAGAUCCUACUUCCUUCCCCAUUAAAUUGCUGUUAGUGUGAUGAGAUUUCAAAUGGGCAUUUAUGAUAGUAUGGCUCCCAAAAAAAGAGAAAAAUGUAACAACAAAAAAAAACUGUGUGGGGAGGAAGAAAAUCUAUAUAGAUGGGUUAUCAGUGGGUAUGAGAGAUGGCUGUGGAGAUGAUCACGUAGUUUUAAACAUUAUUACCUUUUAAUCAUUUAUCCAAUAAAAAUGAAUAAAACCAAGUGAAAUGA